AUGGUUCAGAGAACCAUAGCAAGAGAUAAAGAACUCCAAGAAGAAAGUGUUGUGCAUGAACCUUCAUCUUCAGAAGAUCAAGCAACCUUGUCACAAGAAGGUAAGAAUGUUACAACUGCACCCUUACCGCCAUAUGAACCGGUUUCACCUUUUCCAGAGGCAUUGAAGAAAAGGAAAAGGCAUGAAGCUGACAAGGACAUCUAUGAGGUUUUCAAGAAGUGUGAAGUAAACAUCCCUCUCUUAGAUGCUUUGAAGCAAAUUCCAAGAUAUGCCAAAUUCAUUAAAGAACUUUGUACGGUAAAGAGAAAGCAAAGAUUAAAGGGAAUUCAAAAGGUGAAGAUGAGUGAGCGCAUUUCAGCUAUAUUUCAAAGGAAGUUACUGCCUAAAUGUGGAGAUCCAAGUAUGUUCACUGUCCCUUGUAUUAUAGGUGAGCUUACAUCUCAAAAAGCCAUGUUAGACUUAGGGGCAUCAAUCAAUGUAAUUUCAUAUUCACUAUAUAAGUCUUUGAAACUUGGUACAUUACAUGAAACAACUGUUGUGAUACAAUUAGCUGACAGGUCUAACGCAUAUCCUAAGGGAAUAGUAGAGGAUGUCUUAGUUAAAGUAGGGGAUCUUAUACUUCCUGUUGAUUUUUAUGUUUUAGAUAUGGAACAUGUUAAACAUGCAGCACCUAUCUUGCUAGGUAGACCUUUCAUGAAAAUUACCAAGACUAAGAUUGAUGUAGAUACAGGAUCACUUACCAUAGAAUUUGAUGGUAGUAAGGUAGAGUUUGACAAUUAUGACUCUAUGAAAUUUCCGCCUGAGGACCAUUCUUGUUUUGCUAUUGAUUUAGUUGAUACCUCUAGUCAAAAUAUGUUUGAUAUAAAUGGCCAAGUUAAACUCAAAGUGGCCAUUGAGCAUGAUUUGAAUGAAAAUAAUGAGGAAUAUGUUUUGAGUGCUGAAUUGCAGGAAGUUUUGCAAGAUUUGAAGAAGCAAGAACAACUCCCACUUCUUCCUUCUCAUUUAGAGCCAUUACCACUAACCAUACCCAAGGAGAAUUUGUUACCAUCUGUUUUGCAGGCACCCAAGGUAGAACUUAAUCUAUUACCCGAACAUUUGAGGUGUGUAUUCCUUGGGGAGAAUGAGACCUUACCAUUAAUUAUUUCAAGCACGUUGACAAGAGAGCAAGAGAACAAGUUGGUUGAAGUCCUAAAGCAACAUAAGAAGGCAAUGAGAUGGUCGAUUGCAGACAUCAAGGACAUAAGUCCUACUACAUGCAUGCAUCGGAUUUGUUGGAAAAUGAUGCCAAGCCAGUAA